CAAAAAAUGUAGUGAAUUUCACUAGCUACCUCCAUGAGUCGUGAUGCUUCAGCUCUCCGCAGCCGAGAGUUGCCCGCCCACCGAGUGAAACCCAGCCCCUCUGCGACGGGAUGAAGUCGUUCCUGGUUCUGCUGUGCAUUGGGGUCAAUGGCUUCCAGUGCCCCAGUGGCUAUGGAGGUGUCAAGGAAUGUUUGGGUGAAGGCAACAAAGGACAUUGCGACCUGGAGAUGCCAAUGAACGUGAAGGCUGAGGGGUGCAUGGAGCCACAAAAGCUUGCAGCACUGGCACCGAAAGGGAAAUAUUGGCAGGGCUGCGGCGCAAAGGAUGCAGGUUUGGAGGAUGCUUGCUGCAACUGUUGGCCGAUGACACGCCUGCGCUCCAAAGUCAAUGCAACCUCUGGUAUAUUUGAGUGCAUGCAAUGCGAUGGCAAGUGCUGCACUAAUGUUGGUGAGUACUUCUGGUGCAGGUUGGGUGGCACUCGCUGUAAUACCCCGUGCCCUGACAACUGCAGCUAGGCACUGGAACUUGUACAGACGACUUCUGCUCUUGCAUAAUUUCAAGCCAAUGGUCUGGAACUCAUGGCAAC